AUGCCGAGUAUUCGUUUAUUUGGUCGUCGUUUUAAUUUUGCUUCUGAUGAUUUAACAAUACCAUCAUUAAUUGAUAUUAUUCUUCGAUUACCAUUGUUAGUAACUUUUAUUAUUUUUCGUAUAAAAGAUGAAUCACCAAAUUCAACAUGUCCAUCAUCAUUUUAUAAUGGUUAUUUUUAUCCACUUUUAAGUGUUUAUAUAGCUAUAACAAUAUCAGCAGUAUUCAUAUGUUUUAUUAGUACACGAGGAUCACCUUUAAAAAAUAUUCGACCACGUCGUCAUAUGCCAUUAUUAAUUUAUAUAAGAUUAUUUCUUGUUUUAAUUGAUAUUGGUAUUAAUAUAAUGGGUUCAGUCAUAAUAAUAAGAGUAUUUCAAAUGUGUGCUAUUAUUUUACGUGCAACAAUUAUAACAACAAUUGUUUUAAGUUGGAGUGUUGCUAUAGCAUUAUUUAUAAUAUUAGCAUUUUUUAUUGAUUUAACUGGUUUUGUUAGUGCUGAAAAGAAAUGGGAAAUGAGAAUAAGAUUAAUUUUUUGUUGUGGAAGAGGUUAUGGUGGACAAUCAUCAGAUAUUAAAAAUAUUGUUAAAACUUUACAAUAUUUAUUUGAUGAUGAAAGAUUUGAUCUUGUACCAAGUGAUGUUGCUGCUGGUCUUAUUCUUUUACAACAAGAAGAUGCAAUUGAAGAACGUUCAGUUAAUAUUAUACAAAAUGUACCUUUAGAAUUACUUAAAGAAGGUCUUUAUUAUAAUACUUAUGCACAAUCUGCUUUUGGAUGGUUUUCUUUAGCAUAUCAAUAUCGAUUAACAUUUAUACUAAGAAUGCUUUUUGCGACGAAUUUCAGGACAAUUGGUUUUUGUUGUGGUUGUUGCACUUGUUGUGCAUCUUGUUGUGGAAAUCAAGAUAGUGUAAAUGAUCCAUGUGGAAAUCAAUAUAGUACACUAAGAUAUUUACUACGUAGACAAAACCCUAUCAUAUUAUAUGCUAAUUUUCAUGGUGCAUUUCAUCGCGCUCCAUUUUAUAUAGCAGCUGAUAAUGAAAAGAAAACAAUAAUUGUAUCUAUUCGUGGAACAUUAAGUGCAACUGAUGUACUAACUGAUAUAAAUGCUGUUGAAGAUGUUUUAGAAACAGAAUUAUUUGGUAGUGGAUAUUGUCAUAGUGGUAUGCAUUCAGCAGCUAAAUAUAUUCUUGAUGAUAUAUCAACACGUUUAAAUGAUAUAUUUACUAAAUAUCCUGAUUAUAAAUUAAUUAUAUGUGGUUAUUCACUUGGUGCUGGUAUUGCAUCGAUUCUUAGUAUUCAAUUAAAAUCUAAAUAUCCACAUUUAAAAUGUUAUGGAAUCGCUAUGCCUGGUUCUGUUUUAUCAGAAAAUUUAGCUUUAGCAACACGUGAUUUUAUUUAUUCAUAUGUUGUUGAUGCUGAUAUGAUAGGUCGUGCAUCAAUGCGUUCAUUAGAACAUUUACGUGAUCGAAUAAUUGAUGCAUUAAGUAAAUGUAAUCGAAAUAAAAUACGUUUAUUAACAAUGACACUUGCACGAACAUUAAUUAAACGUGGACAAACUUUUCAUUCAAGAAAUAAUCGUACACAAUCAUUAAUUGAUAAUUCAGUAACAAAUUCAAUAAUACCAACCGAUGUUAAUCCGUCAAUUUCACAAUUAGUUUUAACUCAUCAUUCUGGUCAACGUGUACAUUUAGUUUUGCCUGGAACAAUAAUACAUUUAUAUUCAACAGAUCGUGUUGGAUUAUUUUCACGUGGAAUUUCUUAUCGUGCUGGUAUAACUACAUAUGAUCAAUUUUUUCAACUUAUUGUUCAUCCAAGAAUGUGGCUUGAUCAUUUUCCUGCAUCAUAUAGCACAGCAUUAGCAGAUAUUAUUGAAAAUUAUGAACAAAUUUCACAACAAAUAGCUUAG